AUGAUAUCUGUUGAAUUAGACACAAAAAAAUCGAAUGAAGAGGAAGAAGAAAAGGCUAGGGUUUCAUCAAUCGAGAGUGAACAACAAGAAGCUAACAAUGCUAGGGUUUCUAAGAUUGAAGAAGAGGAAGAACCAGCAGAAGAGGAAGAAGAAGAAUCUAGGGUUUCUGAAGUGAGAAGUGAAAGCAGGUUUGAUUUCGAUGUUAGAAAUGAAGAGCGAGAGCAAAAUAAGUUAGCGGUAGGAGAUUUAUCUUUAUGGAGUGAAUUUGAUGAUUUUAUUGCUAAUGAGAAGAAUGGAGCGAUGGCUGGUACGUCUAGGGCAUUGAGUUAUGGUUUUGAAGUUGGUGAUUUGGUUUGGGGGAAAGUGAAAUCGCAUCCAUGGUGGCCGGGGCAUAUAUUUAACGAGGCGUUUGCUUCGUCCUCGGUAAGGCGGACUAGGAGGGAAGGCCAUGUGUUGGUUGCGUUUUUCGGGGAUAGUAGUUAUGGUUGGUUUGAUCCGGCAGAGCUUAUUCCAUUUGAUGCGAAUUUCGCCGAGAAAUCACAGCAAAUGAAUUCAAGGACUUUCAUUAAGGCGGUAGAGGAGGCCACGGAUGAGGCGAGUAGGAGGAGUGCACUUGGCUUGGCUUGUAAGUGUAGGAAUAAGUUAAAUUUUAGGCCCGCUAAUGGGCCAGGGUAUUUUGUAGUGGAUGUGCCGGAUUAUGAGCCUGGAGGAGUUUAUUCGGUGAAUCAGAUUAUGAAGGCACAAGAUGGGUUUAAGCCAAGGGAGACUCUUGCUUUUGUGAAGCAGCUGGCUGUGGGGCUUCAUGGGUGUGAUCAGGAUAGUUUUGAGUUCAAUAAAAAUAAGGCCAGGGUUUUUGCUUUUCGCAGGGCUGUGUUUGAAGAGUUUGAUGAGACCUAUGCACAGGCAUUUGGAGUUCAUAGCUCGCGGUCUUCUAAUGAUACUGCCAAGGCUUCAAAUCAGCUCGCUAAAGAGCCAUCUCGAGAAGAGCUCAAAAAGCCUUUAAAAGUCAAGGACCAUUUGAAAAAAGAUAAAUAUCUCCUUAAGCGAAGAGAUGAGCCAAGUGACCCCAGAAAUUUUGAAAUUGGCCGAAGGCAAGCAUCCCCAGUAGCUUAUGUGGAGGGUGGUUCAUCAGCAGUGGAAGCUGGUGAUUAUGUGUUGCAGAAAAGGGCACCAACACCUCAUAAUUCAGCAAAACAUGAACAAUCUGCAUCUAUAACCAAAGAAGAUGUGGAUUCUAGUGAAGCCGGAGCUGGCAAAGCAGAAUUAGUCUUAGAUCAGGCUCCAGGAGAUGCAAAGCUGUUUCUUGAAAAGAAGGGUGCUAUGCAAGAAAUAAAAGGUGAACAAGGAUCAGAUGUGGUUGUGAAUCCGACAGGCUGGUCUGAUUUACCUGGGAAGGAGCAGCUUAAGGGUGUGUCAGAUUGCAAGUCACCAUCAUUUAAGCAACAAGAGGCUGUAGUGGACCUUAAAUAUGAAGAGAGUGCAAAAGCAUCCAGAUCAAAUGAAGUUUCUCAGCAAACUGAACCGAGCUUUUCUGCAAGAGCAGAGGGAGACUGUGGAUUGAUUAAACUUCAGGAUGGUGGCCCAGGUUCACAUAGUUCACCACUUAAUGCCACACAAUCUGUUGGAACAAGUACUGGUAGUACGGUGAAGAAGGUCAAAGUUGGUAAACGGCCUGUGGGGGACCUCAGAUCUGGGAAGUCUAUUAUGGGGGAGAAAAAGAAGAAAGAGUUGGGAGCAGAAACUAAUCCUGAUCGUCCGAAGAAGCGGUUGACCACUGGAAAAUGUAGGGUAGUGGGAAUCUCAUUAGGAAAAUCCACCCAAAUCAGUUCGUCUCCUGGAGAGGAUUCUCAGCUAGAUAGUCAGAAGAAAGAUGCUGGUGCCAGUAAUACCUUGCCCAACAGCAUUGAGUUUGAGCUAACCCAGCUACUGAAUGAUUUGCAUGCUCUAGCUCUCGAUCCCUUUCAUGGUGCAGAAAGAAGUAGUCCUUCAGUUACAAUGCAUUUCUUUUUGCGCUUCCGGUCCCUUGUUUACCAGAAAAGCUUAGCUUUGUCACCGACUUCUGAGACUGAGCUUGUUGAAGUUCGUGGCACUAAAUCUUCUUCCGGUAUUGGGGCUUCUGACUAUUCUGCCAGUGAGAAUCCCAGAGGUUUGACAUCUUCAAAACCAGCAAAAUCCCUUGUCAGACCUGAUGAUUCAACAAAAGCUGGACGGAAGCGUUUGCCGUCUGAUCGCCAGGAAGAAAUUGCAGCAAAAAGGUUGAAAAAAAUUACUCAGUUGAAGUCAUUGGCUGCAGAGAAGAAGGCGGCUCAGAGAACUUUGGAUACCCAGCGAGCAGAAGGGAAAGAACCAGUGGCUACACAGCGAGCAGAAGGAAAAGAACCCAUGGCUAACCAGCGAGCAGAAGGAAAACAGCCAGUGGGUCAAGCUCCUCGGAAGUUGGUCAAACCGGAUUCUUCUAAAAAGAUGGAGGCUCCAGUCAGAGCUAUUGAGCCCACCAUGCUGGUGAUGAAGUUCCCUCCUGAGACAUCUCUUCCAUCUGCCGCACAGCUGAAGGCAAGGUUUGCUCGAUUUGGGUCAAUAGAUCAGUCUGCAAUCCGUGUCUUUUGGAAGUCAUCACAAUGCCGUGUUGUGUUCCGGCGAAAGCUUGAUGCACAGGCAGCUCUUAAAUAUGCUAUUGGUAAUAAAUCCUUGUUUGGCAAUGUGAAUGUAAGAUACAACCUUCGGGAAGUAGGUGUUCCUGCAUCCGAGGCACCCGAAUCUGACAAAAUCCGAGGAGAUGACACUUCUGUUGAUGCCACACAGGCUAAGGAUCCUCUAGUUGAACGACAAGCUGCAGCAUUUGCACAGCAGCUCUCGUCACAGUCAGCAGUCCAGCUGAAAUCUAUAUUGAAGAAAUCAAAUGGCGAUGAAGCAGCACCAGUAACUGGUGGUAACGGUGGUAGAGGAACUCGUGUAAAAUUCAUGUUGGGUGGGGAAGAAAGUAAUAGGGGAGAGCAAAUGAUGAUUGGUAAUAGAAACAACAACUUCAACAACAAUGCUAGUUUUGCUGAUGGUGGUGCACCUACUACUACUACUUCUGUUGCUAUGGAUUUUAGUAGUAAGAACUUUCAGAAGGUUAUUCCUCCAUCUCCAUUGCCUAUUCUUCCCUUCCCUACUCAAUUUGCAAAAGCCCCACUUAAUAAUUCGCAUCAUCAUACUGAAGUAGCACCCAGAAAUUUGCACAAUUUCAAUACUCCUCCAAGUGCUGGACCUAGUACACCAAGCAUAGAUAUUUCGCAGCAGAUGCUAAGCCUUUUGACAACUUGCAACGACGUUGUCAAUUCUGUGUCAGGCUUGUUAGGCUAUGUGCCUUACCACCCUCUUUGA